CAAAAUCAACAUACACAAACACAUUCACUUAUAAAUUACCUAUCAAUUCCCAAUGGCAUCAUCCUUGACCAUGACCUCCUCGCUCUUUGGUGGCGCCGUCGCCGCGAAGCCGGCCGCGGCCACUACUCGUCAUAGCCAGCUGGCGGUGAGGGCCUCCAUGGACUUGGAGAAGGCAGCGGAGAAGAGCAACAACACAAGACGGGGCCUCAUGUUGGCCGCGGCUGGCGAAGCAGCAGUGUCGUCCGUCGCGAAUGUCGCGAUGGCGGCCGAUAAAAUCCUUGUUACCCCCGACCUCAAGGCGCUGACUCCCGACCUCAAGGCGCUGACCCCCGUCAAUCCUAGUACACUGACAUUAUUGCAUUCGCAAGAUUCACGGUGUCGGAAUACAACAAAAAGAUUUUGGAGUCGGACCCCGACAUUCUGGAGCCGAAGCUCUUGACAUUUGUGUCUGUGUUAUAAGCUGACAAGCUGGAGACCAUUAGUGGGUUUUACAGAAUCGAGAUCUCGGCUAGGGAAGGUUUAGGCCCCCCCAAGAAGUACAUCGCAACUGUCUUAUCGCUGGACGAGCCUGGAACCGUAAUUUUCACUAUCUUGGAGUCGUGAUAAAGUGCUGGUGGAGUCCUAAAAGCAAUAGAGUAUCUCAAUUAUUAAAGUGUGUGAAAAAGCUAUCUCCAGUAGUUAAGCACUUUUGUUAGCCUUUGUAUAAGGCCUUUUAUUGUAGUCCAUUCGUCCAUUAAUAAAUGUCUCAUAUUUGACUGGCUCGGA